CGUGUCUUGGUGUGUUUGGGUUCGUGCUCCUGGGGGAGGGAGACAGCAGCGAGGAAAGUUUUUAUUUUUAUUUUGUUUUCAGUUUCUGGGGGUCGCGCUUCCCCGGCGGGUGAAGCGAGCGGGCGGGAGGAGCUGCCCCCAGCGCUGAGAAGAAGGGGGCUACGCGCACCACGGCGGCGGCUCCUCGGCGGGUUUUGUUUUUGCACUGAAUGUAGCCAGGACGGAUCCUUGUGGGCUUUAGCAGCCCGAGGAAACUGUCAAAGGCACUAUUUUGCAUUUCUGCAGUUUUGCACAGAUUCUGUUCCCAUGCAAACCGAUGAGGGAGAAAUAUUGGAGGAAGGCAGUCCCAAGAUGGAACAUGAGGAUUUUGUAAUGGAAGGGCAUGGCAAGACUCCACCUCCUGGUGAAGAAAACAAACAAGAGAAGGAGCAAGAAAGGGAAGAACAGUUAAUGGAAGACAAGAAAAGGAAGAAAGAGGAUAAGAAAAAGAAGGAAUCUACUCAGAAGGUCACAGAUCAAAAAACCAAAGUGCCCGAAGUGACAAAACCAAGUUCAAGCCAGCCAGUGGCCGCCAGCCCAAUUGGCAGCUCUCCAUCGCCACCAGUCAAUGGUGGCAACAAUGCCAAAAGGGUGGCAGUGCCGAACGGACAACCGCCAAGCGCCGCCCGCUACAUGCCUCGGGAGGUGCCGCCGCGAUUCCGUUGCCAGCAGGACCACAAAGUGUUACUGAAACGUGGGCAGCCCCCUCCGCCAUCCUGUAUGCUACUUGGGGGUGGGGCAGGGCCUCCUCCCUCUUCAGCAUCUGGAGCAAACCCAAACAACGCACAACCAGUGACAGGAGCACUGCUGCAGAGCGACAGUGGGACUGCAACAGAUUCAACAAUUGGAGGUGCUGCUGCUUCAAAUUAUGCAAAUUCCACUUGGGGUUCUGGAGCCGCCUCCAACAACGGCACCAACGCCAACCCAACUCACGUCUGGGACAAGGUGAUUGUAGACGGGUCUGACAUGGAAGAGUGGCCUUGUAUUGCCAGCAAAGACGCUGAGUCUUCUUCCGAAAACACCACCGAUAACAACAGUGCCUCGAACCCUGGCUCAGAGAAGAGCACUCUGCCAGGAAGCACCACUAGUAACAAAGGAAAAGGAAGCCAGUGUCAGUCUGGAAGUGCUGGGAAUGAAUGUAAUCUUGGGGCCUGGAAGUCUGACCCCAAAGCUAAAUCUGUUCAAUCUUCCAACCCUGCUGCAGAGAGUAACAAUGGACUAGGAAAUUGGAGGAACUUGAGUGGGCAGGACAGAAUAGGCCCUGGUUCUGGCUUCAGCAACUUUAACCCAAAAAGCAACCCAUCUGCCUGGCCAGCACUGGUUCAAGAGGGCAAUUCUAGGAAAGGGAUUUUGGAGUCUGAUAAUGGUAACGCCAAUGCACAGAUUAGCACAGUAGGUCAGACCUCUAGGGAACAGCAGUCAAAGAUGGAAAACGCGGGUGUUAACUUUGUUGUCUCUGGCAGAGAACAGGCUCAAAUACAUAACACUGAUGGACCAAAAAAUGGAAACACUAACUCCUUGAACUUAAGUUCGCCAAACCCUAUGGAGAAUAAGGGAAUGCCCUUUGAAAUGGGCUUGGGGAACCCCUCCAGAAGCACUGACGCCCCUUCACAAAGCACUGGAGACAGAAAGACUGGGAGUGUUGGAUCUUGGGGUACAUCUAGGGGGCCUUCUGGAACUGACACAGCCGCUGGACAAAGCAAUUCUGGAAACCAUGGGAACAAUGGAAAGGAUAGAGAGGACUCCUGGAAAGGAGUUUCUGUUCAAAAACCUAAUGGGUCAAGAAAUGAUUCUUGGGAUAACAACAACAGGUCUAUGGGUGGUGGGUCUUGGAACUUUGGCUCUCAGCACUCAAAUGAAAACAAGUGGGGUGAAGGGAACAAAUUGACAUCUGGGGUCUCUCAGGGAGAAUGGAAACAGCCGUCUGGGUCUGAUGAACUGAAGAUUGGAGAAUGGAGUGGUCCAAACCAACCAAAUUCUAGCACUGGAGCAUGGGACAAUCAAAAGGGCCACCCCCUUCCUGAAAACCAAGGCAAUUCCCAGGCUCCCUGUUGGGGAAGAUCUUCCAGCUCUACAGGAAGUGAGGUUGGAGGUCAAAGCACUGGAAGCAACCACAAAGCAGGAAGUAGUGACAGUCACAAUUCUGGACGCCGAUCAUACAGGCCUACGCAUCCUGAUUGCCAGGCAGUCUUGCAGACUUUGCUGAGCAGGACUGAUUUGGACCCCCGUGUGCUUUCAAACACUGGUUGGGGCCAAACUCAAAUUAAGCAAGAUACAGUUUGGGAUAUUGAAGAGAUGCCAAGGCCUGAGGGGAAAUCUGAUAAAGGAACUGAGGGGUGGGAGAGCUCUGCCACACAGACAAAGAACUCAGGGGGCUGGGGAGAUGCACCCAGCCAAAGCAAUCAAAACAAGUCUGGAUGGGGUGAGCUCUCAACCCCCACAGAGUGGAAGGACCCCAAAAACACAGGAGGGUGGAAUGACUAUAAGAACAACAAUUCUUCUAGCUGGGGAGGAGUAAGACCAGAAGAAAAGACCUCUUCCUCUUGGAAUGACAAUUCCAACAAGGAUCAAGGGUGGGGUGGACGGCAACCUAGUCAAGGAUGGUCUUCAGGAAAGAACGGUUGGGGAGAGGAAGUUGACCAAACAAAAAACAGUAAUUGGGAAGGUGCAGGAAACAAACCAGUGUCGGGUUGGGGUGAAGGUGGGCAAAAUGAGAUUGGGACUUGGGGUAAUGGUGCAAAUGCUAAUGCUGCUUCAAAGGGCGGAUGGGAUGAUUGUAAAAGAACGCCAGCAUGGAAUGAGACUGGUCGACAGUCCAAUUCCUGGAAUAAGCAGCACCAGCAGCAGCAGGAGGCUUCUGGCUCCUGGGGUCCUCCACCACCACCACCUCCAAGUAAUGGGCGACCUCCAAAUCCAAACUGGAACAGUGGGCCACAGCCAGCUGCCCCCAAGGAUGAGGAACCCAGUGGCUGGGAAGAACCGUCUCCACAGUCGAUCAGUCGGAAAAUGGAUAUUGAUGAUGGCACUUCAGCAUGGGGAGACCCUAGCAGUUAUAACUACAAGAAUGUGAACCUGUGGGACAAGAACUCACAAGGGGGACAGGUUCCACGAGAACAGAGCCUGCCUACUCCAAUGACUAGCAAAUCAACAGCAUCAGUCUGGAGCAAAAGCACACCACCUGCUCCAGAUAAUGGUACGUCUGCCUGGGGUGAGCCAAAUGAAACCAGUCCCGGGUGGGGUGAAAUAGAUGAUACAGGAGCAUCGACAACAGGCUGGGGGAAUGCACCUUCCAACGCCCCGAAUACCAUGAAACCUAGUUCCAAAUCUAUGCAAGAUGGCUGGGCGGAGAAUGAUGGGCCAGUAACAGGAACACGUCAUUCAAGCUGGGAAGAGGAGGAGGAAGGAGGAGUCUGGAACACAGCAGGCUCUCAAGGAAGCAGUUCCUCCCACAACUCAACAAGCUGGGGACAAGGAGGAAAGAAACCACAAAUUAAGUGCUCAUUAAAAGGAGGAAAUAGUGAUUCGUGGAUGAAUCCUUUAUCCAAACAGUUUUCAAACAUGGGAUUGCUAAGUCAAACUGAGGACACUCAAGGCAGUAAGAUGGACUUGUCUGUAGGUGGUCUCCCAGAUAAGAAAUUUGAUGUGGACAAACGAGCCAUGAACCUUGGGGAUUUUAAUGAUAUAAUGAGAAAGGAUCGAUCUGGGUUCCGUCCACCUAAUUCCAAAGACAUGGGAACCACAGAUAGUGGGCCUUAUUUCGAGAAGCUGACUUUGCCUUUCUCCAAUCAAGAUGGGUGCCUUGGGGAUGAGGCUCCUUGCUCUCCCUUCUCCCCUUCUCCCAGCUACAAGCUGUCUCCCUCUGGUUCCACACUACCCAACGUCAGCCUUGGGGCAAUCGGCUCAGGGCUCAACCCCCAAAGCUUCGCUGCUAGACAAGCUGGCAAUCAUGGUUUAUUUGGAAACAGCACAGCACAAUCGAGGGGCAUGCACACACCAGUGCAGCCGCUAAAUGCUUCCCCCAAUAUCCGGGCACAAGUGCCUCCCCAGUUUCUUUCCCCACAGGUUUCUGCCUCCAUGCUCAAGCAGUUUCCCAACGGUGGCUUGAACCCAGGUCUUUUCAAUAUAUCUCCUCAACAGAUUGCUAUGCUGAGUCAGCUUCCAAAUAUUCCUCAGUUUCAACUAGCAUGUCAGCUUCUUCUUCAACAGCAGCAGCAGCAGCAGCAGCAGCAACAGUUGUUGCAGAACCAGAGAAAGAUUUCUCAAGCUGUGCGACAGCAGCAAGAGCAACAGCUUGCUCGUAUGGUGAGUGCCCUCCAGCAGCAGCAAAGGCAGCCGGGCAUGAAGCAUUCUCCAUCCCAUCCAGUUGGGCCUAAGUCACAUUUAGACAGCAUGGUACCCAAUGCUCUGAAUGUGGGUCUCUCAGAUAUACAGGCCAAAGGGCAAAUACCCGGAUAUGGUUCUGGCUUUGGUUCAAGUGGCAUGGAUUAUGGCAUAGUGGGAGGGAAAGAAGCUGGAUCAGAAUCUCGCUUUAAACAGUGGACUUCUAUGAUGGAAGGGCUCCCCUCCGUAGCUUCACAAGAUGCCAAUAUGCACAAAAAUGGUGCAAUAGUGCCCCCUGGAAAAGCUCGUGGAGGAUCGCCCUACAACCAAUUUGACAUAAUCCCAGGCGACCCACUGGGUGGCCAUGCAGGCCCUGCUGGCGAUAGUUGGUUACCUGCCAAAUCUCCACCAACAAACAAGAUCGGAAGCAAAUCCAGCAAUGCGAGCUGGCCUCCAGAGUUCCAGCCAGGAGUGCCAUGGAAAGGUAUUCAAAACAUUGACCCUGAAUCUGACCCCUAUGUGACCCCUGGAAGUGUGCUGGGGGGUACAGCCACAUCUCCCAUUGUAGAUACUGACCACCAACUUCUGCGGGACAACACCACAGGGUCUAAUUCUUCCCUCAACACCUCGCUGCCUUCACCUGGUGCCUGGCCCUACAGUGCCUCUGACAAUUCCUUCACCAAUGUUCACAGCACUUCAGCAAAAUUCAAUGAUUACAAAUCAACAUGGUCCCCAGAUCCCAUAGGACACAAUCCCACUCAUCUCUCCAACAAGAUGUGGAAAAACCAUAUUUCCUCAAGGAACACUACAGGGCUGCCCCGCCCACCACCUGGCCUGACCAACCCCAAACCAUCAUCUCCCUGGAGCAGCACAGCACCCCGAUCGGUCAGGGGGUGGGGGGCACAGGACUCAAGGCUUGCCUCUGCCUCUACCUGGAGUGAUGGGGGCUCAGUUCGUCCUAGCUACUGGCUGGUUCUUCACAAUCUCACUCCACAGAUCGAUGGGUCAACCUUGAGGACGAUCUGCAUGCAGCAUGGCCCACUGCUGACAUUCCAUCUGAACCUGACCCAGGGCACUGCCCUAAUCCGAUACAACACCAAACAGGAGGCGGCCAAGGCCCAGACUGCACUGCACAUGUGUGUGUUGGGAAACACUACCAUCCUGGCUGAGUUUGCCACAGAUGAGGACGUUAGUCGCUUUCUGGCACAAGCUCAGCCCCCGACACCUGCAGCAACCCCAAGUGCACCCACAGCAGGCUGGCAAUCCCUGGAGACAGGACAGAACCAGACAGAUGCAGUUGGACCUCCUUUGAAUCUUUUUGGUGGGUCAGCAGGGCUUGGGCAGUGGAGCAGCAGUGGUGGCAGCAGCAGUGGGGGCGAUCUCUCUGGCGCUUCAUUGUGGGGGCCUCCAAACUAUUCUUCAAGCUUAUGGGGUGUCCCAAGUGUAGAGGAUCCCCACAGAAUGGGCAGCCCUGCUCCCUUACUACCUGGAGACCUUCUGGGAGGAGGGUCGGAUUCAAUCUGAACUUAGAACUUUCAACUCUGACCUCGUGACCUUUUUUGGAACAGCAGCAGCACUAACUUGACCUUUUCGUUUUUUUUCAACUUGCAAUAAAUACAUUUUUAAAAGGAAAAAAGAAAACGGAGAGAGAAAAAAAGGUGGGUCAUUGACAGACUGUCUGAGCACAUAGUUGCCUCCCUUAUAUAACUUCAGUUUUUUCGUUUGGAAUAUGAAUCCAAAAAGAGAACAUAUCACUCUUGAAAUACUUGAAUCAUGAACGCCAACUUAGAAAGACAAUGUGAAGCAAGUACACAUACCAUUUAAAUUUAAACACAAAAAAUUAAAAAAAUUAGUUUCUAGUUUUUCACUUUUUCAUGUUAUACGGAAGUUGUUGCUAAGAAACAUAUAUACUGAAAAAAUAGCUUUUUAACUUUGUUUGCACUGGGUGUGUUUCCGUCCUUAGGUCUACCAUGUUGGGUGGGGUUGGGGGGGGGUUCAAAAGAAUUGCAGGGUGGGGGGAGGGGAAGACUUGACGGAGCCUCACUUUAAAAACAAAACAAAAAAAUGAAAAAAAAAAAAAACACCCACAAAAAAACCCCAACACUUUGUGAUUGGCUGGUUGAUAAAUACCAGUGUGUUCUGGCACAUGUAACUGCCCAUGUGUGCUUGUUUCUGGUGAGUGUUCAUUUUCUCCCUCUCUCUCUUGCUGUCUCAGAAUGCUGCAUUGCUGAUGGGUCUAUGGGCUGGCUGGCCAUCUGUGUGUCUUGAUUCUGAAAACAAGUAUGGGGGAGUCCCAGUGGCUGAAACAAAAUUUUCUUGGGCUGGAUUAAAAUUUGUCAAGUCUUUGUUUUUUUUUAAUUAAUUUUAGUAGGGUGCUAAUUCAAGUUUGCAGAUCAUAUUGAAUAUGGGUUGUUGCUUCCUAGCCCCUGUUCUGAUCUUGUGGUAGAGCAAAACACUGCCAUGUCCGAAGGAUUUGGCAUAAGGGGAGCCAAUGUUGUCUUUUGAGUAGCAGUGUAUUUAUUUAUUUAUGUCUGCAUGUGGGGUUUUUAUGAGUAAACCCUAGAAUGUUUGUUUUAUAAUGCAAGCCAUUCUUUUUUCUUCUGUGGAGGGUGAAACAGAGGAUAGAAGACAUCAUGUUUAUAUGUGGCUAAAACCAAUGUUCUUAUCUAGUCCCUUGCAGUCUUCAGUACCUUUAGAAAAUUAGUCUCUCACCCCUCCCCCAAACUGUAUACAUGUAUUCAUGUCCAUUCAUGAAGUAUCCAUCAAAACCCUGAAAUUCCAGCCCAAUCAACAUUAUUCUCUUAGUUGAUUUACUGCUUAUAUUAAAACUGACAAAACUAAGUUGUGUCAGCAGUUUGCUGGCCUGCCUGCCUCAUCUCCUGAAAGCACAUGCAGCUAACUCCUUUCUUCAUCCCUCCUGAUGAGUGUUACCUGUGCCAGGCCUUGGUAUAUUACAGCACCAGACCAUCACUGACAGAAACGUUUACUUACGAAUGUUCUUAAACCAGUGUGUACUUCAAAUGUUUCCUUUUGUUUCUCUGUGUUGUGUUUUUUCCUGUGUACGUGGUUUUGCUUAGGCAGGUAUAUAACUAGCAAAGACUUUUUUUUUUUUAAAGUAUUGCACCUUUUUUCGUUUUUACUUUUUCUGUACUGUUGCUUUUUAAUUUCUGUAUUUAACGAAAGAUUUGUUUGGGAUUUUUUGAGCAUCAGUGUAGUAGUACUCUGGGCAGGAUGGGGUGACCUGUAAUCCACAGUAAUAGCCAGUGUGUGCAAGCGUGCGCCCUGGGAACAAAAGUUACAACACUGCUUGUUGUGAAAAGAGCUGUAGCAGACCUGAAGGGACAUCCCUUUACACAAAGCAGGAGAUAUUUUGUGGGGGCAGGGAGAAGAGGGAAGAGAGAUGCCGGUACUCUUCUCAGAAGUGCCACCACUAGUGUGGUGGUGUCAAGCUCUGUGUUAUACUGUUUAGCAUAAAGUGCUAACAUUCUGUACCAGCAAAUACCUACCCAUUCCAUCCUUGAAUGGGAAUGUACCUCUCUUGUCCUUAUUAACUGUAGGAGGUGGGGAGGGGAGGGGAUAGCUUUUCUUUAGCAUCUUCACUGAAGGAUACAGUAGUGUCUAAUGUAUUUAUCUCUUUAAGCAUUGGGGGGAAUGGAAAAAGCAAACUCAAAUUGUGUGUGUGUGUGUGUGUGUGUGUGUGUGUGUGUGUGUGUGUGAGGGGGGGGGAAUUCUGUGACUUUUUAAAAUGGCCAUAUCUGUGUAAACCCAGUGCAACAUUGACGGCUGACUGAGGGGAAUGCUACAUCUACAUAUGCCUAUAGAUUCAUAUGCAAAGUGUUAUGUGACACAGUGUGUGUGUGUGUGUGUGUGUGUGUGUGUGUAAACUGGAGUCUGCAACAUACUAUCUGGUCCUUUUUUGCAUAUUAUUUUUUGUUUGUUUUUGGUUUGUUUUUGGUUUUUUUAACUGUGCUGUCUCCUCCAUCCCACCAUACACAUUGAAGUAAAAUGUUUUUCUUCCAACUCCUACCAGUUAGGUUUGUUCCCUCCCUCCCCCCAGGCAGAGCUAUAUUGUCUUUGGUAGCCUCAAUAUGAAGAGCAGCCAUGCACAGAGAUGCAGGAGAGAGAAAAAUCCUGUGCCAGCAGUACUUUCCAAUGAAGCAUCUAUGAUGGCCUGAAUAAGCCAGUAUCCAUUCUGUCACACGACUUGCCCAUGCUGGUUCACUGCUGUGUUCCCAUCCCCUCACUUCUCUCUCCCAACCUGCCCUAAGGUCCCUUUACCUGCACUUUGGGUUAGUUGAGUUCAUUGCGAUACUACGGUGAAAGCCGGGUGCUAGAGCCCCUCUUGUUUACAAGACAUAAUGAGGGAUUUGAAAUAUUUAAAAAUGAAAAGCUAAAAUGUUCUUCCAUAGUAAGCUUAAAGAGAAAAAAAGUUAAAACUUACACACACAAAAGACCAAAAAAUGCACGCAUGCAUGCAUGCAUAUAUAUUAGAUGAAGACUAACUCUGGGAGCAUUUAACAGUGUUUUUUGUUUUUACAUUUAUUUUCCUGCUUUAAAUUUGCAAGCUUUCUCAGGAAUUCUAGGGUAGGAAGCCAGUUUUUGCAGAUGGUUUAUUUAACCUUAUCUUAUCCUAGAUAGAUGGCUGUUUCUUUCCUGUUAAACUUUUACAAGUUCCUGAAUCUUCAAAAACUUUGAAAGUUUUUACUUUAAAAAAAAUUAAAAAGCAGAAACAUCUCCAAAUGUUACUGUCAUAACUGGGGAUCGAGCAUUUUAAAGACUGUAAAAAAAUAAUUACUACAACAAAUUCAAUAACAGCAACAGAAAUUCAGUGUAUUCUUAAAAAAUAAGUUGUGGCAGAAGAAGGGUUAUUCUUUGUAGAGCAUUGUUAGUCUCAUGUGGGUACAGUUGCAUGGGCAGGGGACAGAAAUGUAUGAAUGGAAAUAUAAUCACUUAGUUCUUUUGCAAUGAAAAUUAGACUGAAAUAUCCCUCCAAGCACCUUUUUUAAAAAAAAGAAAACUGUAAACCUAACCCAUACCUAUGGAAUAUCCUAGCAAUGGAGCAGUUGUAUCUUGUUUCCUUUUUAAUACAGAAAAUGAUCAAGAGGGGAGAGAAUUUGAAAGUCUCCUGUGAAAUGUACAUUAGAGAACAAAAGUGAUUAUUUUUAAGUUUCCAACUACCCCUUAGUCAAUGAUAAUCCCUGUUAUGAAGAUUUGCUGCUUGCUUUUCUUUGUCUCUCACCCAGAAAUGUACUUUAGUUUUAGGGUUUUUUUAGGGGAAUAUUUAAGCUCUCCUGCUGACUCCACAGGUGCCAGCUGUCAGGACUCCCAGCCCUGAGAACAACUUUGCUGAUCUCAGUGUUGGGAUGGAUAACUCCUGUCUCCCAUCAGUAAGGGAGAGGGGCCUAAUCUGCCUGAAGUUUUUAGGCUGAAACCACAAGCCACUUUAGUGCCUUUGUACAUAUACCCACACAUUCUGCAAAAGGAGGCAUAUGUAGUUCAGUCACUCCAUGAAACGAAUGCACGUGCUCUUAAAACGAAAUGAGCCUGCUGCAAAGGCAUGCCAUGCAGUGAGUUACAUAACAGAAAAGGUAAGAAUGCUUUUUAUGAUUUGAAAAAUCAAAUGCCAAAUUUCUCUAUCACUUCAGUUGUGCUCUGUUUGUGUGUUGCAUUCUUCCUGCAAGUGUGUGCAUGUAAGUGUGUUAAAAACAAUACACCAAGUUAAUUUGGAAAAUUGUAGUGUGAUUGGCCAGUAGAGAGGGAUUCUUUUGUUUGUUUGCUCUUUUUUUUAAAUUGAGGGGAAGAUAUUUAUCUGAAUGCUUUGCCAGAGGCUGUGCUUCACCGAUUGGCAGUGUCCUAAGGACAGAAAAUGAUAGGACUUAGUGAAAAAGAACCAAGGCCUUUGCUACAGUUCCUUGGCAACAGCCAUGGCUGAUGAGUACUAAGAGGUUAGAGCACUGAAUCUUUGGCUGUGUCAUUUCAUAAGAGCAUCCUUCCCCUCUCCAAAAACACCCCAAUCCCUGAACUCUGUGUAGGCUUUAUCUUAGGCACUUGUAUCUUGAGUCAUCAAUUUAUAAGUUGCUUGAGGUACUUUAAUGCCUCCCAUUUCCCAGUCUAUUUAGUUGUCAAUUUUGUUCCUGUCCAGAUUUAUAGUUGAAACCAUGCAAAUACUUGUCUAAUCACUGUGUCACUAGCUUGGUUCUAUAAUGGUUUUCCUGACCAUUCUGAACAAUAAUUUUGGAGGGCCAUGCUAGCCAGACAGCACUCUCCUACAGGCCAAAUAUGGCUUGCCUGUCUCAAGCAAGCAGUUCUAUUUAAUGUUAGUGCAUGAAAGAGACGAGCAGGAUUUCAGGAUUUGGUACUGAGUAGGUCUGGCUUUUAGAGCACUGUUCUCGAGAAGGCAUUUUUGACUAUCCUGGUCAGGAAAAAUGUGCCAGUUGCUGCUAACAUUGUUUCACAUAAACACCAUGAAAAGAAAACUAGGAAAAGUUUGUGAAAAGAGGUGGAAAGGGCACAUCUUGGAAGAGAUUAUAAACCUCUGCUGCCAGUUGGGGUCAAAUGUCAAGUCCUUCCUGUUAGUCUCAAAAAACACAUCUUCAGUUUCCCAAGAUGUUCAUGAAGAAACAAAGAAUGCACCUUGUAGCAGUUCUGUUCUUGAUUCUUGCUCCUCAUGGCCAUAUAAUCUAAACACAUACAUGUCUCAAUUAUUAUUCCUUUCUUCCUGAUUUCCUGUCUCCUUUGUUUUAAUCCUCCACUAUUUUAGUUCUUCUAAUUACAUUUUAGCGUUUUUUUCCUUUUACGUUCUAUUUUCUAUAAAUUCUGCUUCAGUACCAGCUGCUUCCCCCUCUCCCCCUAAAUGUUGCCUGAAUUGUCUGUAGGCUUAUUCUCUGAAUUAGAUGGGUUUGAGCCCUUCUUCCUUUCUCCCUCCUGCCAUAGUAACUUUAUUAAAGUGAUAGUGAAGAUUUCUAGUAUGCAAAAUGAGAAACGAAAGCAAAGUAAGAUGUUUUAAAAUCUAACACCACUUCUAGUGGAAAGAAGAUUUAAUUUCUUGAACUGGAUGCCGUUUGGGAAGACUUUGUCUUUUCCGAUAUGCCUGUGCUUUUCUGGACACUUUUUUCCAUUGAUGCUGAGGACCUCUACAAUCAAAUGGUGUGAACUUUUUCUUUGACUUUGGCUUUCUGAUGUUCAGGUUAAACAGAAGAAUUUAUGUACUGAACAGAGACCUUAAGCCAAACACAUUUUACUCUGAAGUAUAAACAGGUUGUUUUCAGUAGACUCCAAUAUUAGAGAACAACUAAGCCUUUGUAUUAAGUUGAUCUCUUUUUUUAAAAAAAAUUCAUCUUGAAGCUUUUAAAAAUUAGUACAUUAGAAAUCUUGGUCUUCUACUUAAUAUUGUUUUUCAUUGCAGGGAUUUGAACUGGCAAAGGUGACUGGUGUAACACUUUGUUUAAAAAAAAAAAAAAACUUUCUCCUUAGUGUACGCUCUCCUUCCUCAUCAAAUGCUGCCACAUCUCCUCUGUUCAUGCCUUGAUGUAGAAUAAUCUUAUUCUCCUUCAUCCCUCAGCUGCCUUUCCCUCUUCCUGAGUCUGAUUUUGCUCUUGCAUGUGGAUCUCCCAUUGACUUUAAUGGGGGCCCAGUAUGUGUAUCCAAAUUUGGCCCUCUGGGUCAGAUCCAGGAAACCCUUAUAGGAGUAAUCCUUACUCUCACAAGUUAGUGCCACUGACUUGAAUGAGUAAGUGCUACUCACAGGAUUAAGGGCUAUUUGUGUAAGUAAGAGGUUACAGAAUCAGGAUUUAAGAUUGUAGCUGUGGAGCUCUAGUGCGAUCAAUACAACCAGGAACACCUGCAUGUCCAUGCAUGUAUUAAAUUCACUAUAAACCGUGUGACUUCAGAAUCCAGGACUUCUCCAGUGUUCUGAGAUGCUCUUAUAGUGCUUGGCAGGUAGUCACUCAGGAUAUGAAGUCCUGACUGACUGGGGUAGAAGUUGGAUUUUUUUUUUUAAUCUGCCCUGGAAAAAAUUCCAUUAUAGCAGGGAUGGAUGUCUCCUUAACUGUAAACAUGCAAAAUAAUAAUGCAGAAAAUACUCCCAAAAAUACAAAGUAGAAGAUAUAUAUAUGAAACUAAAACAUACUGUCAGGAGAGUGUGAUUUUAUUAAGACUGAGUUUUCUCUUAUAUCUGAAGCAACAUAUGCAGAACCUGCACCCUUUUCUACCCUAAUUUUUCAAAAAAGAAAAAAAAAUUCAACACGUAAUGUUAGUAACAUUGGAAGCCCAACAUAGAGGGGCCACCUGUUGCCUCUGGCGUUUUAAGCAUCAUGUUGAUUAUACCUACUCUGAACAGACUUUAGAUGAUAUGAUGCUUACAAUACCAGAAGUCCACCAACACUAAGGUUUCUUGUGUGGCUGAACAAGUGGUGUUGAUGAUGGGAAACUUGUGCAAAAUUUUCUGCAAAAUUAGUUUAAAUCCUUGUAGCUAAAUAGAGUUUGUGGCUAGGACUAAACAGUAUUAGAACUGUACCCUAGCUAGGGACUAACCUUUUAAGCACUGUUCUAAUAAAUUUUGUCUCCUCUACAGACAUUUUGCAAAAAUAUCCCACCAUUGUAAACACCAGCACAAAUGAACUUGUAUUACCACCAGUAGAGACAUUUUGGCAAAAUUUCCCUGAAGUAGAUAAGGCCAUACAGUUUAGUCCUUUUUACACCGACUAGCCAGGCUAUAUUAGAACCCUGUUUGUCCACAAUAAAGUCCACAAUGCUGCUAUUAAAACUGAGUCAGUGGACCUCGUUACAACAGUUUGGUUUGUGGUAUAGAUUGGACUUCAGCCAUGCUCUGUGGUUUGCUAAAACCUUGGAUGUGCUUUAGCCUCAUUAUGGAAAAUGGUUGAUCCCAUCUGUGACACAGAAAAUGUUCUAAUGGUCUCUAGACUUGUAGGGUUCUAAGCCUGUUUUUUAAACUGUAUUGUCAGGCCAAUGUAGAUGUAACCUAAUCAGUGGCAUGCAACAAAGCAACAUUCACACGCUGCCAGAGUUUGUGCAUGUGUUGCUUUUUAUAAAAGUAUGCAGGAAAGUUUCUCUGAAAACCUCCCAGAACCUUGGGUUGUGAAAAGAGCAUCUUGCAAACUAAGUGUCCAGAGCAAAGAGCCAUUUCCCACUGUGCAUGUGGCAAUCAGUAAUGGGGACAUCCAGCAGUGUUAAAACCAGGUGGAAUUUUUUUUUCUUAGCCAUAGAGUUGGAAUAAUUUUGACUUGACCCUGACAACCAUUCCUAUAAACACAAAACAGUACACUCCAGAUAAAAAUGGUAGAAAGUUUUGUUCCAGGCAGCCACUGAGUAUUCUUUGUGGCACAGUCUCUUGGCUAUUUGGUGGGCAGAGGGAGAAGAGGGGAGAUGGGAAGAGUUUGCAUGGACAAACAACAGAUAGGCAGUGUUUAGCAAGAAGUGUUUCUUUUUAAGCACUAAAUGCCUCAUCUUAGGUAUUAAAGUACAAAUCAAUGCAUUCAAAUAACAAAUUGUCAAUUUUUUAACUGUUUUUAACCAUGACAAAUAAAUGGAAGUUUCUCUCACGUUUUAGAUGAAACAAACGUAGAUGAACAUGGUUCCUUCUUAAUACUAAUAUUGAGCAGCAAGAGCAGAUUGCACAGCUUGCUGGAAAUAGAUAUUGUAGUGACAUGGUUGUGAUAUUAAGUGCUUUUCUUCCCCUUCCCUACCCCUUCCAGAAUCGUCUCACCCUCCUUAUAUAAGGUGCUGAAUGUUUUGUAUUUUUAGUGGGGGGUGCAGGAGGAGCAGAAGAGUGAAAAGGGAGCCAAGAUAGAACAGUCUUAUUUUAGGGGGUAGCCUUACAACAGAGCUUUAUAUUGGGGGUGUGCUGUAUUCCAAAACACGUAAGCCAAAAAUGGAAAAAAGCGUUCAUUUAUGCAACGACAAAAAAUGGGGUGUUGGAAAACUUCUUUAAGAAAUAUGUACCUUCUGAAGGUAGAGAGCGGAGUCUCACCAAGUGAUACGUUAUGUGAUGCUUCUUGCUGGGUCAGUAGGGAUGGAUUGGGGUAUAAGCGCUUAACAUUUUCCCCUCUUUGUUGUUUUUACAAGCAGUAACUUAAAUGUGGUAUUUAUGAAUGUGCCUUUGUGAGUACAGUGACUGUCUAAGGAGACUACUUGGGCUGGAGUAGGGAGACAAUGGUCAAUUCACUCUUUCAAGAGAUCAAAUACAAAGAUGCCAGCCCCACUGGUCCGUUUCAACAAGUAGCAUUUUUGGGCUAGUCUCUACGCUGCACAGUAAUCUAAGUGGUGUAGAGGUUUGGGUUGUGGGAAGGGACAUGACAUGAUGCACAGAAGCUGAUGAUAGUUUUAGGCUAGUCCGCAGUUGAAGGUUGAAUUUAUAUCUGUAUUAUGUAGCUUCUCUUUUGUUUGUGUGGCUUGCUUUAAUUUUUUGUAAGCACUGGAGAAUUGAAACACAGUGAUGUUUGAGACACAUUUAUGCAUGUAGAGAAGGUGUUUUGUAGUUUCUGCCAUUUGUGGGUAUAGGCACACUUUUACCCUUUCUUUCCAUGUCCUAAUGAGAGAAACAGGAAAAAUUUAUAUUUUUUUCAACCCUUCAACUUCCAGCACAUUGAACGUUGCCAUUUAAAUUAACAGGGUAUUACAAGAAUAAAACAAUGUUUUUGAAAUGGUGAGGUAGAAGUGUUUAAAAAAGAAAGUCUGAAGUAAUUUUUUGUUUCUUCUAAGCUGUUUGUAGCUAAACAUGGGAAUCUACAGUGUCUCCUUCCAUUUGUUUUUCCCUAUUAUUCCACCUCUUCACCCCAAAUCUGAGGUGUGCAAGAGCUGUUGCAUUAGCUCCUUUCAGUCCUCACCCCAAAAAGAAACUCCUUGUGGGACCCUUCAGCUCCAUUCAGGAAGACAAAGGGAGGAGAGACGCUGCAGCUUUCUUUGCUUCGCUCUCAUUCCUCUCUAAUGGCCUUGAAAUGUAUUAUUAUGCAAAUGUGAAUUUUGAUACUGAACUUAAGAGGUUUUUUUUUCUUUUUCCAAAAAAAAAAAAAAAAGUCCCAUAUGUGGUUAGCAUUGCUUCUUUAUUUUGUAAGUGAAUUGUAAACUAUGCAUUCUGCUGGGAGGAUGUAGAGGAAGAAGAGGUAGCUUUGCUAAACUGUUCAGCAGUUUCUGUGUCCAUGGUGCAUCCAUGUUGGUGUGGAGGGAAGGAGACAGAGUGAUGACUUUGAAAAAGACUCUUGGGAACUUCUCUUUUCAGAAGUUGGCCGUUUUGAUAACUAGACAGUUUUGGAGAAUUCAGUUAAGAUUUAUUCCGAAAUCCAACUCAAAUUCUGCAGGAUUGUGAAUUCUAGCCAUGCAGUGUUAACCAAGGGCCAACAGUGUGACAUGAGACCCCAUCGUUCCCUGGAAAAUGAUUUGACCACCUUCUGUGUUAAGGCCCCUUUCAAGCUCAGGAAACAGAGUGUCUCAAGCACUGUCUUUUGGGAUUUUCCUACUCACUUUCCAUUAAAACAGCCACUCUCUUAGGAGAAUUGGAACACAACCACUCCUUACUCAUAAACUGUCUACAUGAACCUUUUCCUAAAAUUGCCACUGCUCCUAUCUCUGGUGCAGCUCUAGUGGGUUGGAGCACUAUUACAGAUCGGGUGCUGGUGUUGUAGCUAACUUAUCUUCUAGCCCUGAUCAGAGCAGGUGUAGGAGAACUUGGCAGUUAAAACACUAGUAACCACCAAUACCUUGUCUAUACUAGUGCUACCACUGGUGAUGUAGCGAGGUGGUAGUGAUGGAAAAUUUUAGGGAACAAAAACUAAUGUAAAUAAAGCUAUCUAAAUUAAAGAAAUUAGCCUUGUGUACUGGGAAGUGGCUGCUGUCCCAAUGGGCAAAAGAGGCUUCACAUUCUCACCCCCAAAAUGCAGUUGAUUUUGUCACUUACAUGUGUACCUGGAGCUCAGUGGGCUUCUUGGAGUGGUCUCCUCAUAUAAAAAUGUAAAUCUCACUGCCCUCUUCAUUGUCUUAAUAGGAGCCUUGUGUUGACUUGACUUUCCCUUGCCCAUGGUGAACCAUGGUACCUGCAUUAAUUACCCUUGGCAUUAUUUUAGAUAACAGUAUCAUAACUGAGAGAUUAUCUUGCCUGUAUUCAGUGUUUUUCAUGCAGCAAUUUUAUUUUUUGUUGACGUUCACAGUACUGUAAUGAGUAAUAGACUUGAUGAUGACACUCUCCUCACAUCUGUGCCUGCCUUACAGAUGUGAUCUUAUCAGGGUUCCACUCUGUUGGAUUGCCUUUUAAAAAUAAAAAAAAUCCUGAAGUUUCAAUUCUUCAUCACAAAAUACCUCAUGGUACAUUUCCCUUUUUAAUGUAACCUUUUUAAGCCCUGUGUUCUCUUCCAACCUUGGUGAGCUUAUCUGCUUCUUAGAUCUCCUCCUGGGAGAGAGGCUUAGAUUAGUGGUUUGAGCACAGGACUGAGAGCCUGGAACUCUUGAAUUCUAAGCCUGGCCCUUAUUCUUCCUCUUUAGCCUUGGGCAAGUCACUUAACUUCUCUGCCUCAGUUUUUUCAUCUGUACAAUGGGGAUAUUAAUACUAACCUACCUCACAGGGGUUUUGUGAGGAUUAGCUAGUUCUUGUCUGUAAAGUGCUUUGAAGAUGAAAAGCACUAUAUAAGUAUUAUGAGUUUUAACAGCAAGAUAACUCAUUCUUAACAUUGUUUGCUUGGGGUGGGAUCGGGGGAACCUAUAACACUUCUAUAUUCAAGCCAUCAAAAAAAUUUAGAUCCUAAAUGACUUCACUAAGCAGAAGUCAAUGAAGAGCUUAAACCAUCCAUAUUGCUUACUUUCUCCUUCCCCUCUCUAUCAGGCUCCUCCCCUGCCUUUCAUAUGCAGUAAUUUUUGCUAUAGGUCACAAGCCCAUUCUUUUAAGCAGACAUUGAACCUGGUUGGAUUGAUGUACUUCCAACUUUCCUCAUCUUCCACCAGAUCUUUAAAUUGGAUGCAGUGUGUCAUCUUUUCCCUGCCUUUAAACAGACAUUUGGUGGUGAAGUGUCAUUCCUCCAUGGACGCAUCUCUUCCUGCCUUCAGGAAGGGAGGAGAAUCUUGUAGAUCUCAUGGGGAUUGUAAAAUGAAGAGCCUUGUCACUUUAUGCUGCUCUAGGAAUAGAGGACAGUGUAGCUCCCCAUAAUUUAUGAAAGUGUUAUACUGCCACUUCAAAUAAGGUGUCACCUUGUCCCUAAUACAAGCCAUCAUAUACCAAUAGUACAUUGAAACAGAGAGAAUGACAUUCAAUAGUAAUGCUGCUUAUGUAUAUGCCUUACAGCUCACCCAGAAUCUCUGAGAGGGUGGGUGUGGGAAGAGGUCUUCGUUGGGUAAAUCCCACAGCUGUCAGGGAACCUCUGAUACUUUCUCCCCUCUCCAGUCAUGUUGUGGUCAGUUUCCUCUGUCGUAGAUGAGUGUCUCAGGGAUGUGCAUAUGAGCCCAUGCCUUUGGAAUUUGGUCUUGGAAAUCUUGAGAUUUGGUUUCAAUUCUGUAUUUGAAGCCUUCCUUUCUGACACUUCACUGGCCCUUUCCGUCCGUUGGAUUGCUCUCUGUGGCCUUAGGAUCAUCUCUUCACUGCUGCCCAAUGUCACACUCUCCACCUCUGCCAGCACACAAGUGAAAUCUGUCCAGUGAUUCCACAAAGAACAAAACUGAAAUGAUGCCCGGGUGCCCCUAAAUUUGCGUGCAAUUGCACACAAUUUCUGAGGUGCAGACUAUCUAACAGAUGUGUUGUUCUUUCCUUCCUAUAUAGAAAACAGAACAAACAUUGCAUAGCUCUGCUGAUGGUAACUCUACACUGUUUACUUUUUAACUAAAUGUUAUGUCUUUUCCCAAAAGAACCAAAUAAAUACCAAAAACAACCUUUUUGGGGGAGAAGGGUUGAGGGGGUGAGGAAAGCAAAUGGUGGGGAAGGGUUCCAAACUGUUUUAGAUUCCACCGUUUGGAUGGAAACAUGAAAUGCUGCUUUGAAAUCCACAGACCUAAGGAGCUAUGUUUACAAAGACAAAUGCUUUCUACCUGAUCAGGAAACUGGCUAAUGGUGGGCAUCCCAGGCUUACUGAAGUUUUCCUCGUUGCUAACAAUCAAGUCAGGUAAUGGGGGAGGGGGUGUGUCUUGAGGAGGAAUGGAGGAAGAGGUUAACUUAAUCUAGCCGUGUUUCUAAAAUAGUUUCCCCUUCCUCUCUCCUUCCUUUAAAUAAAUAAGUAAGUGCAGAGUGGAUAAUCACUGAUGUCCAAAACUGCUGGAUUAGAAAAGGCAGCUUUCCUACUUUGCACAUAAAUAAGAUAACAGGAAGGUACAGCUAAAGCCCUCUUGCUGAAACACUGUCCCCCAUGAGCAGACGUAAUAAUAAAAAUAGUGGAUGCGCGUAUUGAUGCUCUUUGCAAGUUACCUAUGAGUGUUGUUUUUCUUAUACUUGAAAUAGCUUUCUUUAUUAAAAACUAUUUUAAUUCUGGUUUCUUCCCCCAACCCUCCCCCCCCCAGGAUGGGCAGCAAAGAAAGCUGACAAGGGAGAAUAGAGAGGAGGUGACACAAUUCUUUUCAUGCCCAGGUUUCAUCUUAAUUCCCAUCCAUACACCCUGGUGUUUGAAUAUCCUAGUGGUUUUCCAUGGACACAGAAACUCAGCACUUUGAGGUGCUUUCUUAUGGCAGGCUGCCCCCGUUUGCCUCCUCUUCUGUAUUUUUUAUUUUACUUUUAGUAUAGUGGUACUUAAAAUCACUGGUUCACUUAAAAAACAAUAAAAUGUUUAAACUCUACUAAUGUACAAAUAAGCUGAAAUGUUGCAUUUUAUGUGUAUUUUUUGCCAUAGCAGGUACUGUAUUUCUCAUGCUGGAUUUCAAAAAAACAAACAAAAGGGUGAUGUUUUAUUGGAGUGUGACAAAUUAAGAGUAAUAAGGAAUUAAGUCGUCGUCAUUUCAUUGAAACUGAGAGAUGGUGUAAAACAUAUAUAAGUUUUCUGAAGGUUUUUUUGGGCUUUUAAACAGCUUUUUUGUUUUUAUUUUAUUUUUAUGUUUUUUAAAGAUAUGAUUGUAUUAUGUGCAACUCAGUUGCUUACAUUAUAACUACAAAAUAUUUUUGGGUUCCUGGAAAAAGAGACUAAUAAAUGUGUUUGGCUGCUAAGCAUUUAA